AUUGUUGUUGGAAUGGCUUUGGAGUACAUGUCUGGUGCAACGAUCACCAACACGCUAUUACAACGACGGACAAUUUUGUGAAUCUUACUUGCGCGAACGAACAUAUUAUCCGAAUGCAAAUAGAUAAAGGCAUUGAUAAAAUCGAGUUUCAAAUCCAAUCCGAAUCCAACCUUGCGAUGUUACAGAUUCGUGCAAGAACUCAAGUUAUUAUACGUGAUAAAAAUCAUUCGUCUCCCCCUCCACCAUACUGUGAACAAAUGUCUAUUUUAUGUGUUACACGUGAUUUAGAUGCUUUCAAGGAAUUUAUGAGUCAUUUUAAAAAUUCGGAAAAUAGUGUCGCGAAAAAGCCAAUGGAUGACGAGAAAUUUAAAAGUUUAAUUGAAAAAUAUUUUGACUCUGAUUUGAACGUGCUUCCACCUGGAAUGAUUAAAAAUCCGCUGUUGAAAGCACAAUUGUUGAGUCGAAAUACAUCUCCGCAAAUUUCUAGAUAUGGAAAGGGAAAGGAAAUAUGUAGAAAUACCUCAAUAUCAUCUUCAAUAUCAUCAUCAAUAUCAUCUUCAACAUCUCCUUCAACCAGUUCAACAAACGCUACUUCACCGCCUUCAAGUACGAAUUCAAAUUACUUAAGUAAUUCAACGGAUGAUGAAGUUAUCGUUGUGAAAAGAAGAAACAGUUUAAAUCGUAAGAGAUCUGGUUCAUCGGAUUUGACAAACGGGACCGAAGUGGAUCGUGAGCCGAAUACUGAUUUUUCCGCAAGAUUCAAUGGAAAUCGUCUUAGGAAAAAAUAUAAAUCUUCAACAGACAUUGUGACGUAUUCAAGCCGUAGGUCUAGUUAUAAUUCCAAAUCAUCAAAAACUUUCGAUGACGAGUUUAUAAUUUCUCCAAGCAAAAGGCGUAGUAGUUUAAUUUCAACUCAAACUCGUCAAAGGAUGGACUCGUCUUUGGAUCAGGUGGAACGUUUUAGGAGGAGAUUUAGGUCCUCAACUAAUUUGAGUAAUAGUAAAGAAGUAUCUCCUACAUGUAUACAAGAAAGUGCCAGUACAUCGUCAAAGUACGGGGAUCCUGAUGUAGUAGUACUUGACAGCCCUGAUAGAGGAUCAAGAGCUCCAUCUGAAAUUUUUACAUCAGAAUCUGUGUCUGGUGUUUCACAGAGCCUUAUUAGACGAGACCCAAACAGCAAGUUAUUUGAUUACUCUUGUACUGGUUAUUCAUCAAUUCUAAUUACAGGAUCGGAUUACAAUCGUUUAGUAGACAUGGACGAAUUGAAUGACAAUCUCAUCGUAUUUUAUAUGAGAUACGUUCUGAAUCAGCUUCGUGAACGCGAUGAAGCUAGCGCGAAGAAGUAUUAUUUAUUCGAUUCAUACUUUUAUAAAAAAUUGUCUGACCUUCGCGAUGAAAGGUAA